AAUAUGAACAAAAAAUCCAAGAUCAGAUUAGGCACCUGAGAAGUUGGCUUCCAGUGGGCAAAACCGUGGCGUGUGGCGCCACGUUGGGCAAGUUUUUUUUAUUUUUUUUCUUUAAAUGAUAUUAAUUUAUUAUCCGUACCAGUGGUGGAAGCUUGAUGGAAGCAACUGCUGAAGUUUCCCUUACUUUGUUACUCUAUAAAAAAUAAAAUCACAUUCUCUUUCUUCCUUCCAUUUCAUUCACAUUCCAAGGUUUUCACAGCUUCCACUUUGCUACACUAUACCCUUCAACUACCAACUCUUUCCCUUCUCCAGUUUUCUUCUGUAAGUAUUCACAUACCUCUCUCUCUCUCUCUCCCUUCUCUCUCUAUGCCACUCUCAUGGGGGGCAUGCAAUUGGCUUCUGGGUUCAUCUGGGUGUUGAAAUCUUCAAUAAAAAGUGUUUCUUUUUUCUAUAUUGUCAAAGGAAGCCUUGUUUUUUCCUCGAUCCUCUGUUUUGGGAUUUCUUCAUGUUUUACAAUACGUGUUGGUGCCUUUGCCUGAUAUGUUCAAUCGUGGUUUGUUUGAGGGCACAUCAUCUGAACAAGAUUCAGGCACUCUUCAGAGAACUCAUUGUAAGACAAAAGAGAAAUGGCCUUAGAUCAGUAUCUUGAGGAGGCUGUGCCCCAAAUAAAUUCCUUCAAAGAUAAAUCGUCUCUGGAAAUGUGGCAAUGUUCCAGUGAUGAUGCUGCAGAUUCUGAUAGAAAUGCUAGCGGCUUUGAUUGCAACAUAUGCCUCGAGUGUGUGCAAGAUCCAGUGGUCACUCUUUGUGGCCAUCUCUACUGCUGGCCCUGCAUUUACAAAUGGCUCAAUUCCCAUAGCAUCUCGUCUGAAAAUGAAGAGAAGCAGAACCAACAAUGUCCAGUAUGCAAAUCAGAAAUAUCUCAGUCAUCCCUUGUUCCACUAUAUGGCCGCGGCCAAACCUCGGUAUCUUCUGAGGGCAAGGGUCACCAAGUUGGGAUCGUCGUACCGCGAAGACCAUCUGGUCCUUCAUGGGUGGCUAACUCAGCAAGGUCACUUGAUUCUGCUACCAUUUCCCAACCUACUUCUCAACUUUAUCAUCACCAUUAUCGCCAUCAACCUCAACAAUUCAACUCAGUUCCAGGCAGUUACACUUCAUCCAUGUUCAACACAGGAGGUUCACUGACAAACGCAUUUGAUACAACAUAUGGAGUCUUUGGUGAGAUGAUAUAUGCAAGAGUCUUUGGAAACCAGAUGACUAACAUAUACACAUACCCAAAUUCAUAUGAUCUUUCAGGGAGCAGUAAUCCAAGGAUCAGGAGGCAUUUAAUGCAAGUUGAUAGGUCACUCAGUAGAAUCUGUUUCUUCCUUCUGUGUUGCAUAGUUUUGUGUCUUCUCUUAUUUUGAUUUCUACGCCAUAAUUUUUGUUCAACGCAUCAGUGUAUAGAAUACAAGCAGGAUGCAGGCUAUGCCAGUUGGAUCAUAUCUUUUAGAGCUGUCCAGUGAUGAGAUAUUUGUAAUUAGUAAUGUUACCUGUCUCAUAUUUGAGAGAAGUUACAUGAAAUAGACGUUUUAAUAAGUUUGCAUUUAUUAUCAACUUGUUAUAU